GACCUUACUAUGAGAGAUUUCGAAAAGGGAACAUUUCCUAUUCUAACACCGUUCUAGGCUUCAGUUUUUCUUAAAAAUGAUUCUCUGUUUGAAUAAUACUAUCACAAACAGUUAAAAGAAUUGAGUAUAAUCUAUUGUUUUUUCGCAUACAAGUACAAAGUAUGAAUAUGUUUUGAAAAGCGCUUUUGUGCAGAACUGUGAACGACAAAAAUUAAUUUUUCUGCUGUCUCUAUCAAAUAAUAGAAAUUCAUUUCUAGAAAAUGAGAUUUCUGUAGUCCUAUUAAGUUUGAAAUAAAAUGAGGCAUUCGAUGAUGUAAUAAAGUAGUGAUACUAAUUCAUUUGUUUAAGCAACAGCGGUUGAAGUUUGUAGAAAUGAAAUUUUCUGUACUUGGUAGAAGUAGAAUAGAAACAAGUUCUCUCUUGUGGUUGUUUCCUGAAUUCUGGAAUGAAAAAUAAGUGAUCAUCAUGAUGAUGGCAUGUGGACUCUCAAUAAUUCAGUGAUAAAGUAAAUUUACUGACAUUUUGCUUCUUGUUCUUCUAAGUAAAUAUGUCAAUAGUCUGAUAAUAGGUUAACAAUCUGUGAUUCGAUGUGGCAAGAUCAUUCGAAUGAUGCUGCCAAAGAACUGAUGAACUAAAGUUGCAAUCCGUAGCGGUGAGUGGUCGGUUUGGUCCGGUGAAGGAUAUCUUACCAGCUGGUAUAUCGGUCGGUAGACUCAACUUUUUUCUUUAUGAUUUUGCUUAUGUCUUAUCUAAAACAUGCAUAUGAAAGAUAAAGACAAAUACACAACACAUUCGAGUUCGCAUCAUUUUGAAGGACAACAAAGUCAUGUUUCAUACCAUGUAUUUAUUUCUCUUGUUAUCUAUAUUGCCAACUUUAAUUGCAUCAUUACAAUGUUACACAUGCGAGACUCCAUUUAUAUUGAAUUACACUGUAACAAGUGAUACAGUACCUUUAUUUAACAAUUGUCAGCUGAUCAAUGCUACACAAUGUACAAUUAGUGUACUUUGGAUUCCAAAUCUCACUCGAUCUGUUAUCACAUUGGGCUAUAGAACUAUUCCAUUGACUAAUGAUACUUUACAUGAUUACAUCUUAGCCAUGGCUCAAAUGGAACUUGCUCUAGAUAAAGAGACUCCAUUAGUAGGACAUGAUCUUCAAUUUGGAUGUAUUUCAUGGAAUAAAUGCAAUGAUCAGAUGAUUUUGAAACGAAUACUUCAUUCACUAGUUAUAGAAGACAAAUUUGCUGAAGAAUUGUCUUCCUUAAUUAAAGUUGUUCAGCCAUUCAACAAUGACUCGGCUGCUGCACGCUAUGCAUAUUCUAAUACUACUGAUGACUGUUCUCCGACAAGUCUUAACACGUGUCAACGAUGUCAAAUUUUUGUCGAUCAGUGGUCUUCAUCUAGUAAAGAAAUCUGUGCAACAUGUCCUACUGAUUUCAUAGGUAUGAAUUGGGUAGUACGUGAAUCUGUAUUUGUACUAAAUAAUCGAACACAACUUAUCGAUCGUGUUCAACUCAACUGUCAACUUAAAGGUUGUAAUUCAAUCUAUAAUGCCAAAAUUAUGAAUUAUUUUCAGAUGAAAAAAUCUACUACAUCUACUUCAUUCUUGUCACCAUUUAAUGGUAAAACAAUUGUAUUAGAACUUGGUCGUGAAAUAGGCUUCAAAGCUAAACAAGAACUGGUCAAAUAUUUACGAGAACAACAAGCACAUAUUUCAUAUAUUCUUACAGCCAGUACUGACUACAUUUUGGUUACGAAUAAUGUAGAUAGCUAUAAAAUUCGUCGUGCUAAACAGCUCGGUUUGCCACUGAUCAAUAUUGAAUAUGUGUACGAAUAUCAGCGUUUGCAACCUGGUCAAACACCGAUCGAUAUUAGCAAAUUUAUCAUUAAAUCAAUUGAAGAUCAAGAAAAUUUCUCAAAAACUGGUACUAUUCCCGUUACAGAUUCAUUAGGAUCUCGAGCAAAUGCGAUUAAAAUCAAUAAAUUUGAUAUGAAUAAAAUCAAAUUAUGGAAUUCGGACGAUGCUAAUUUACCUCGUUUCGAUGAAUUAACACAUUGUGAAAUCGGCAAAUGGGCUAUUUUCGAAGAAACCAACGAUAAUUCAGAUGUAUUUUUUGUUCUUGAACUUCAAGUUAUUCCCGAACAAUAUUACGAUCGAACAACUAGCGAAUAUCGAUUACGAUUUCGAUACGAAAAACAGAUUAUUGUUGCCGAAGAACAAAAGCAAAAUAAAAAAAUAUUGAUACAAUAUGCAUUUUGUGAUGAUCCAAAUGAACAACAACAAUUAUUUGCAUCGUACUUUUAUCGAAUAGCUACAAUGCCACGUAUAACACGAAUUCGUGAAAUGUUACCUGAUAAAUUAGGAUCGAAAUUAUUAUUACGCUCUUUAUUUACUCAUCGUAUCGAUACACAAAUACUCGAUGAUAAUGUAUGUCAAUCGAUCGAAUCAAUUUGGUUAGAAUCUAUUGGUGAUCUAAAUAAAAUUUUGAGUGUAUUACCUGAAUCGAUCACUCUCAAAACGAUUAUCGAAGCCGAGGCUGCAUUGCUUGAAGUCAAAUUGACCAAUGAUCCUACUGCUGUACUUCGUUUCUAUUCACUGAUUCCUCAUCGACCACAGUAUAAUGUUGAUCUUAUAAAGAAUCGUCGAGCAUUGAUCGAAAAACUUGAUUUAUGUCAGAUGCUACGAGAUAUGCUUACAGUCAAUGAACUAACUAAUUGGAAUGUUAAAGCACCAAUCGAAGCAAAAUAUCGAGCGUUGAAUUGUCACAUUGAAACAGUGGAUAGUUCAACACUUGAAUUUAAGAAUGUUACUGAACUCAUUCAAUCAUCGACAGCUAAUGAUGAACAAAUUGUUAUUCAUCAUGUAUUUAGUGUGGUUAAACAGACAGAUACACUCAAUUUUUGUACAUCAUUAUCCAAUCAACGACAACUGUUGCAUGGAUCGAAAUAUGCUAACUUUCUAGGAAUUCUUUCACGUGGUUUGGCAAUGCCAAAAAUGGUAGUUGAAGAGUUAGGUGUUGUACGCACUGAUAUUGGUUGUCUCGGCUAUGGAAUUUACUUUUCUGAUUCUGCUUCUACAUCUCUAAAAUAUACGACAGCAAGUACAACACGACCAAGUCGACGAUUACUGUGCAUUUGCCAAGUAGCUCUAGGAGAAUCAGCUAACUAUUAUACGUUUUCACCAACUCUCACCAAACCUCCCGACGGUUUUCAUAGUACACAUGGAAUCAAAAAAACGGAAGAAAAUAAUUCAAUGUUUAUCGAUAAUGAAUAUGUGAUCUAUCAACUCGAUCAACAACGUUUACUCUAUAUUGUAGAAGUUUCAUGGAUACCGGAUGAUAGUAUUAAUAUCGAAUUAGAACGUUUACCAAUUGUUCAUCAUGCGCAACAUACAUUAAAACUAAGUGAACAUGUACCAUUGACCAUUGAUGAUGAAGUUAUUAAAGUUGUCGAACAAGACUAUGGUUUAAUAUGUCCAUCAUCGGGAAAACUCGUACCACUUAAAUCAUUUCAUAUUCGUGCUCAAAUUGUUGAUGCUACAGUUGAGGUUAUUCUCUAUCAAGUCUAUCAUAAUACAAGUUCAAUACCGAUCGAAGCUAAAUAUGUAUUUCCUCUUGAUGAAAACUCAGCUGUAUGUGGUUUCGAAGCGCAUAUUAAUAAUAAAAUAAUUAAAGGUAUUGUCAAAGAGAAAGAACAAGCCAAACAAGAAUAUCGAGAAGCAAUCAAAAAAGGUCACGGUGCUUAUUUAAUGCAUCAAGAACAAGCUCAAGUGUUUAGUGUAGCUGUUGGCAAUUUGCCAGCGAAUAAUGAAGUUAUCAUUAAAAUAACCUAUGUUGCCGAAUUAGAAAUUGAAAAUGAUGAUAUUAUUUUUCGAUUUCCAGCUAAAAUGGCAUCAUGGCAAUCGAAACAAGCCGUUGAAACUAGAGAUCAAUCGACUGUACAAUCCAUUGGUAUUGUUGAUGAAAAAGUUGAAUUUAGUUUCAAAGCAUCAAUUCGAAUGCCAUAUGAAAUAAUUAAACUAUUUUCACCAACACAUCGUCUUCGUCGAAAAUUAACUGAUUGUAUAGCUAUGAUCGAACUUAUCGAUAAUGUCUUACUUGAUCGAGAUUUCAUUCUUUCAAUAACACUAAAAAGUGCUAAUUUACCUCGAAUAUCAAAUGAAACGUUGUCAUUAGAGGAUGACAUUAAUACAACAAUAUCGAACAAUCAUAAAUCUCAAGCAUGUAUGCUUACUUUUUAUCCACGAUUUGAAAUAUUGACAAAUUCAAAUGAACACAUUGAAAUUAUUUUCAUUAUUGAUGUAUCCAAUUCGAUGGAUGGUAGUCAUGUACAACAAGCUAAACAGUUAGCUCAUUUAUUUCUUACGAAUUUGAAAGUUGACGAUGAUAAUACAUAUUUUAAUAUAGUUACUUUUGGAUCAGAUAAUGAUGAAUGUUUUCCGAUUUCAACACCAACCACAAAAGAGAAUCUUGAUAUAGCCAAAUAUUUUGUUCUGCAUUCACUUAUUCAUCGUGGUAAUACAGAUCUAUUUUCUGUUCUUCAUCGUUAUUCAUUAUUAUCAUUGUCGAAUUCGGGUCGACAAUUUAUUCUUCUCUCCGAUGGACAUAUUCAUGAUCUUAAAUCAAUUCUUACUCUAUUCGAACAUCGAUCGACUAUGCAUCGUGAUCGUCUAUUUGUAUGUUCAAUUGGUAAUGUUGCUAACAAGCACGGCUUGAAACAAUUAACUCGUGGAAUAAGAGGUGGUGGUUUAGUUACAAUAUUCGAUUCGAAUUAUCGAUCGAGAUGGAAAACAAAAGUAUUGAACAUUCUUGAACAUGUUCGACAACCAUGUGUUACAAAUAUAUUGAUCGAUUGGCAUGGUCAAUUAGAUGAACAACAAAAAUUCAAUAUGCAAGCACCGAAUAUGAUUCGAUCCUUGUUCAACGGAAUGCGACUUAGUGUCUAUCGAUUCAUACAAAACUGUCACAAAGCAACUUUGACGGCUACUAUCGAUGGACAAGAAUUUAUUACGACUGUAUUUAGUAGUACGAUGACAACGACUAGAGGACGUAUUCUACACUGUCUAACUGCUCGAGCAAUUAUCGAUGAUUAUGAUAAUGGAUUAUUGCAUGUAGAUGAGAGCGAAAAUGAACUGAUUAAAGUUCAAUGUAAACGAGAUCUCAUCGAUCUAAGCAUUAAAUAUUCUGUCGUCAGUGAAUAUACGAGUUUUGUUGCCAUUGAAGAACGUGAUGCCAAAACGGAUAAACAAACUCUUCAACCAGGCGUUCGUCUUCUUGAUGUGAUGCUCGAUCGAGAUGUCGAUUUACUUCCAUAUAUGGAAUGGGAUGGUGACGUAUCAACUUUAGUUUCGAUCAAACAGAAAUUGAUCGAUGCUCGUAUUUCACUCGAAAGUGCAUCGAUUCUAAGAAAAAGAGAAUCAAUUGCUGAUAUUGAAAAAAUUUGUGAAAACAUUUCCUAUCGAGCAGGUGGUGAUGCUAAAUUUGAUAUAAUGAUGACUAUUCUACGUACAUAUCGUUAUUCAUUGAAUGAGUAUGAUAAAGCAAAUGAAUUCGAAGAUAAAAUACGCAAUGAUCUAAAGAUGGAAAUGAUUGAUGCAACAAUGGAAGAACGACAAGCAUUACAAGAACGAUGUGCAACUAAUAAUUUCACGAUUACAACUGAUGAUGAGUAUGUAAAAUAA